CACCCUCCAGGCCUCCACUGGCUACUGCACAUCUUCCACUGGCCACUGCACACAGAAAGAAAAAAAAUCAAGCUGGUCUGUGCUCUCACCUUCGCCGAUGGGGGAGGUUGUGGCGAGCGCGGCGACGGGGGCCUUGGGAGCCGUGGUGGGGAAGCUGGCGACCCUGGCCAGCGACGAGUACAAGCGCCUUCGGGGGGUCCCCCGAGAGAUCGAGUCCCUCUCCCGCGAGCUCGACGCCAUGAAGGCGUUCCUCGAGAAGAUGUCGGAGGCGGAGGAGGAGGCCGACCCGCGGGACAAGGUGUGGAUGAAUCAGGUGCGGGAGCUCUCCUACGACGCCGAGGACAGCAUCGACGACUUCGUGGCUUGCGUCGCCGCCAGGCCCGACGGCUUCAUGGGCAAGAUCAAGAACUUGGUGAGCCGGACCAUCGAGGAUCUGAAGAGACAGAUCGACGAGGUUAGCCAGAGGAAUGCCAGGUACAGGCCCGGCGAGUCCGCCGCUUCCGUCUCCAAAAAGACCAAGAUUGAUCGCCGAGCUCUUGUCAUUUUUGAGGAUGCGUCGAAGCUCGUCGGAGUCGAUGGACCGAAGGAAGAAGUGAUUCAGCUGUUGGCCGACGACGGCGAGUCCACAGAUUCCACACAGCAGCAGCAGCAACAGCCAACCAAGGUGGUCGCCAUUGUUGGGCCCGGAGGAUUGGGGAAGACGACUCUGGCGAACCGAGUGUAUGAAGAGAUCAAAGAGGACUUCGAUUGCCGUGCUUUCUUGUCCGUGUCGCAGAAUCCAGACAUCGUGAGAGUUAUGAGUAAAAUUUUCAGCCAGUUGACGGGAUACUCUGCUGAUGCCAAUGAAGACUUGCCGCAACUCAUCACCAAGAUUCGGGAUUUCCUCACCGACGGAAAUAAAAGGUACUGCUUCAGAUCCUUCUUAAUUGGCUUUUCAGUCGACCUAUUGUUUGAUGAGUCAGAGCUUGCUAUGGCAUCCAAACUUAAUUGUCUAAACUUAGUUACCGUUGUUUCAAUUAAUACAUUUGUUAUUCAGUCAAAGUGUUUGUACAAGUAAUGUACUCUCUCCGUCCGAAAUAAGUGACCUGGAUUUCGGGACGGAGAGAGUAUAUAAUUAUCUUCGUGAUGGCACGGUUUUGACUGGUUGUACAAAUCUCUACCAAUGUGAAGUGUUUUUACAAAUCUCUACCAAACACCUUAACUAAUGUGCAUUUUCUGAUGGGUAUAUAUGCACUCUCAUGUCAAUUUCAUUUCCCAAACCACAAAAACAGUUGUAAUCUUCUUGCUCUAGCCUGCUAUCCGUACAGGUACCCGUCUACCCUGGCAGCCAAGGCAGUAUUCAUUGCGGCGCUGAUGGUCGUCUCCUUCCUUGAGUAGGGGGAUGGUGGGGAUGCUCCUGAUGCCGUUCAUCAUUGCCACCUGAUGCUUCUCAUUGGUGUUCACCCUCAGACAACGCAGCCUUCCGGCGGAGGCCGUGGCCAGAUGCAUGUGCGAUGAUUGGGUGCAUCAGGAACCCCGGCCCCUUUUAAGGUGUCUAAAAAAAAACUAUCACCGUGUGUUGGUAAAAUUCAUUCGUGUUUUCCUACUUACAGGCGAUCGAGCUAAUUAAGGAUAGAUUUUCAUGGCUUGCAGGUGAGACAGUAAAUCGAUCUCCAGCAGCAAGGAGGAGUACUCCCGCUCUUGCUCAUGCAUCUCCAUGGUCUCCAAGUCAAGCACAAUCCAGCGCUCCUAUAUAUCCCCGGAGCCAUCAAACUCAACGGCUGCAACGGCGGGUUCCAGCGAGAGCAGCUUCUCCUCCAUGUCGAUCACGGCUUCCAGCACCAUAUUACCGUCCAAGAGUUGCAGCCACACGGAGAUGGUGAAGCCGUCCAUGGCGAGCAGCUUCCCGUCCAGCGAUGUCCCCACGUAGAGCUUCCUUCCUCCUAUGUGCCAUUUGAUGGCCGGUGGGAGCUUUGUCGUACCCCGGACGAUGACCUCGAGCAGGAGGUCUGUAGCGAUCCUCUCCCUUACUAGGGUUCGAUCUCUGUGCUUAUUUGUGUUAGUCUCUGGAUCGACUCACUAGCACACACAGUUCAAGAUGUAAUACCAAGAUACAAAGAUCAAAAGAACUUUAUUACAUCGUA